AUGGAUGAGGUUGCUCCAGAAUAUGACGUGGUUGUGCUUGGAACAGGUUUGACAGAAUGUGUGCUUUCAGGUGUUAUGAGCGUGAAGGGCAAGAAAGUGCUACACAUUGAUAGGAAUGACCACUAUGGCGGAGAAUCUGCCUCCUUGAAUAUCGAAGCUCUUUUCAAAAGAUACGGCAAUUACAACCAAGGCGAGGAGCCAUGGAAGAAAUAUGGCCGAGUAAACGACUGGAACGUGGAUUUGGUACCGAAACUCCUCAUGUCGAAUGGUGAAUUGACGAACAUCUUGGUGUCGACGGACGUCACGAGAUACCUCGAAUUCAAGCAGAUUGCGGGGAGCUAUGUUCAACAAGGGAGUGGGACAAGGGCAACGGUGGCGAAGGUUCCAUCAGAUGCAGGCGAAGCCCUGCGGUCACCCUUGAUGGGCCUCUUCGAGAAGAGGAGGGCAAAAAGAUUUCUCGAGUGGGUUGGAGCCUUCAAGGAGGACGAUCCGUCGACGUACGGAGGCCUCGACCUGAAUCGGUGUACGAUGAAGGAGGUCUACGACAAAUUUGGCCUCGAAGCAACCACGCGCGACUUUAUCGGCCACUCAAUGGCUCUGUACCAGACAGAUGAAUACAUCAACCAGAAAGGCGCUGCCAAAGACACGGUUGUUAGAAUACGGCUUUAUGCGAACUCGAUGGCCCGGUAUGGGAAGUCUCCUUACAUUUACCCUCUCUACGGUCUCGGCGAGCUGCCGCAAGGCUUCGCACGUCUGUCAGCCAUCUACGGUGGAACUUACAUGCUUAAUACGAACAUCGAUGAGGUCGAAUACGAGGGUGGGAAGGUGUCAGGCAUCAAAGCGACGAUGCGAGAAAGAAGCGAAGAUAGCGAAGGCAUGAAGUUCUCGACAAAAACCACGAAAAUCAUCGCAGACCCAUCAUACUUUCCCGGCAAGGUCCAGGUCGUAGCACAUCUGCUGAAGGCUAUCUGCAUCCUCACGCAUCCGGUAGCAAACACAGAGAACAGUGACUCCGCACAGCUUAUCAUUCCACAAUCGCAGGUCGGCCGAAGGAACGAUAUAUACAUCGCCAUUGUCUCUUCAGCGCACAAUGUCUGUCCUAAAGGCUACUACAUCGCUAUCGUCUCCACCAUCGCAGAGGGUUCAAGCAACCACCACCUUGAGUUGCAACCUGGGUUUGACAGGUUAGGAAAAAUUGAGGAGAAGUUCAUGGGCGCACCGAUACCGCUCUACGAGCCUUUGGAGAGCGGAAGGAACGAUAACAUAUUCAUUUCGAAGAGCUACGACGCCACUAGCCAUUUCGAGACGACUACAGACGACGUGAGAGAUAUUUACAGGCGGGCAGAGCAAGAGGAACUGGUCGUAGAAGGCUUGCGGGAAGGCGACAAUCUUGUUGGACAGGAGUAG